CUCGAGGAGAGGAGGGCGCGCAGGGAUUGGGCGGCGCGCGCCUGGCGCGGUCCCUCCCCUGCCGCGGGCGUCACGUGACUCGGUGGCGGCUCCCGGCGCGGUGGACGCUGGAGGCCAAGAUGGCGGCGGAGCUGGUGGAGGCGAAAAACAUGGUGAUGAGUUUCCGAGUCUCAGAUCUUCAGAUGUUGCUGGGUUUUGUUGGCAGGAGUAAAAGCGGACUUAAACACGAACUAGUCACCAGAGCAUUGCAAUUGGUUCAAUUUGACUGCAGCCCUGAGGUUUUCAAGAAAAUUAAGGAGCUCUAUGAGACUCGCUAUGCCAAGAAGAGCUCUGAAGUCGCACACCCUCAGCCACAGCAGCACCGGUCUCCUGAGGCACUCUCCAUACAUUCAUCGUAUGACCGCGGGAGCACCGUUGCUCGGACUUCUAUCUCCACUACUAAUAUUGACUAUCCUGCACUCUAUGGGAAGUACCUUAACGGACUGGGAAGGUUGCCACCCAAAGUUGCAAAGCCUGAAGUUCGACUGGUGAAACUUCCCUUCUAUACAACCCUGGAUGAACUGCUGAAGCCAACAGAAUUAGUUCCACAGAAUAAUGAGAAGCUUCAGGAAAGUCCAUGCAUUUUUGCAUUAACACCAAGACAAGUGGAGUUGAUCAGAAAUUCCAGGGAGUUGCAACCCGGUGUGAAAUCGGUUCAGGUUGUGCUAAGAAUCUGUUACACAGACACUAGUUCUCCUCAGGAGGAUCAGUACCCUCCGAACAUUGCAGUGAAAGUGAAUCAUAGUUACUGCUCAGUGCCGGGCUACUAUCCAUCAAACAAACCUGGAGUGGAACCUAAAAGGCCCUGUCGUCCCAUCAACCUCACCCAUCUCAUGUACUUGUCUGCAGCGACGAACCGCAUCACCGUUACCUGGGGGAAUUACGGGAAGAGCUAUUCCGUGGGGCUGUACUUAGUGCGGCAGAUGACCUCAGCGGAGCUGCUGCAGAGGUUGAAAACCAUUGGGAUCAAACAUCCGGAACUCUGCAAAGCUCUUGUAAAAGAGAAGCUGCGCUUGGAUCCAGACAGUGAAAUUGCCACUACAGGUGUUCGUGUCUCUCUUAUCUGUCCGCUAGUGAAGAUGCGGCUGUCAGUCCCGUGCCGGGCGGAGACCUGUGCACAUCUGCAGUGCUUUGAUGCAGUCUUCUACCUACAGAUGAAUGAGAAAAAGCCCACAUGGAUGUGCCCUGUGUGUGACAAACCAGCACCCUAUGACCAGCUAAUAAUUGAUGGGCUGCUGUCAAAGAUCCUGACGGAAUGUGAAGAUGCAGAUGAAAUAGAGUACCUGGUGGAUGGCUCCUGGUGUCCCAUCAGAGCCGAGAAAGAGCGGAGCUGCAGCCCUCAGUGUCCAAUAUUAGUUCUAGGUUCCUCAGAUGUGAACGGGCUGUUGCCCACUCCGAACAGUAACGGUGAGAAUGGCAAGGCCACUGCAGAUGUUGUGGAUUUAACACUGGACAGCUCGUCAUCGGAAGAAGAGGAGGAGGAAGAUGAAGAAGAAGAUGAUGAUGAUGAGGGACCCCAACCAAAACGACGCUGCUCUUAUGAGAAAGGUUUAGUUUCUGCCUGCUGACUGCGGAAGCAGCUCUGAAUCUCAGAAUGGACAGACUUGAAUACUCUGGUGCUUAUUAAACUGGAGGAGGGGGAGAAUGUCCUCUCCCACCUCAUCUCCCUCCCUCCCUGAUCUCCUUUUGACUUUCCUAUUCCAAAUUAAUCAUUAAAACAAGAUAAAGAGGAAGAAGAAGAAAAAGAAGAAAAAAACCCACCAAACCACAAACGAGAAACAAACCAUUGAGCUGCUUCUUGGUUGGAAAACGACCCCACUCAAA